AGUUUAGAUUAAGCCAUGUCCACUAAAGUUACGCUUGGAAUUUCAGAAGAGAGAUUAACACAGAUCAGAACAAAGUGCGCGCUAACAAUUGUCGCUGCGUAUAGAUGGCACGGUCGUCGCGGCCAUAUAGUGGCCCCUGACUGCGUGACUCCGUUGCUUUCCAGUAUUGCUAGUUUUAAUUACUAUAAAUGGCUGAGCAAGCGCUUGCGAAAGCACAUCUUCAAGAUGAUGUCGUUUAUGAUCAUUCUUGGGGUAGUCGCUGGGACGGCAGUGGCCAUGCCGACUAAAGGGGCAGAGUGUCUGGAAGAGGGCAGGUACCCCAUUCUAAAUACAUGUGAUGGCUUUUACGAGUGCAUACCUGAUGGCACUGGGGGCUAUCAAGUGUCUAUAGAUGACUGUAAUGGAUUUCUCUACAACACCACCUCCAGGACCUGUAGCAGUGAAAGGGAAUGCCUCUCCCGAAGUAAGCGGAGUGUUACUACAGCAUAUCCCAGGUACUCUUACUUGUGUGAAGGUCAGCCUGAUGACUUUGUGUGCGCUGACUGCAGGACCAUGGUCAUGUGUGUGAAAGGACAGGCCUUUGUCCGCCAGUGCACCAGUGGAAGGUCCUGCAGUGUUAAGACUACUACCUUUGGGGGUGCAGUGUGCUACCCAGGGCUUCCGGCUGAAUGUACCUGCCAGAAUGCGGACACCUUUGUCCGCGAUCUCUAUGACCCACAGAAGUUCUUCAGCUGCUCUUCCACUGGUGCAAUCCCCGAGAACCACGUGUGCCCUGACGGCAUGGUGUUUGACGAGACCCUUAAUCAGUGUCGCAACCAAGCAAAUCUUCCAGCCUGUGGACGGCCUGGUGUCUUUGCAAAUCUGGAAGACUGCUCUGAAUAUUACUCGUGCAUCUCUCUUAGACAUGGGUGGCUGCAGAGACUGUUCAUGUGUUCCAGUGGAACUCUGUUCAACGAGGUAACGGGAGCUUGUGAAGAUCCUUGCACACGGACAAUGGUGUGCUAUGAGGAAGGCAGGUUCCCAGAUCCCCUUGACCGCCGUAGCUACUAUGAAUGCCUGAUUAUUGGUGGCCUGAUGAAGCGUGCCCGCUACCAGUGCCCCCAUGGCUAUGUGUGGAAGGCUGAUGAUACUGGUGACGGGGGAGCAUGUGUGGAGGACCAUGAAAUGACGCUGCACGACUACUUCACCCGCUGCAGCAUUCCACAGGGCAUGUGUCCUGAUGAGACUACAGACCCAUGCUUGGCAAACAACGGUGGCUGCCAUGCAAAUGCAGAUUGCUUAACUAUUAAUGGUGGUGUGAGUUGCACUUGCAGGGCAGGUUACAGUGGUGACGGAUAUGCAUGUAUAGAUGUUGACGAAUGUGCAUUGUUAAUUGACAACUGUUCUGCCGUUGCUAGCUGCACCAACACAGACGGCAGUUACACGUGCGAAUGCUUGGCAGGAUACACUGGUGAUGGUUUCACCUGUCAGGAUGUGGACGAGUGUUUGGUUGCCAAUGGUGGCUGUGAUGCAAAUGCUGUGUGUAGCAAUACUGCAGGCAGCCGUGACUGCACAUGUGCAUCAGGGUUCACUGGGGAUGGCUUAGUUUGCACAGACGUGGACGAGUGCCUGGUGGCUAAUGGUGGAUGCCAUGUAAAUGCAGACUGCACAAAUGAUUUUGGUGGCAGAACUUGCACCUGUCAUCCUGGUUACCAGGGUGAUGGCCUUCAGUGUACUGAUGUGGACGAGUGUUUGGUUGCCAACGGGGGUUGUGAUGCAAAUGCCGUGUGUAGCAAUACUCCAGGCAGCCGUGACUGCACAUGUGCAUCAGGAUUCACUGGGGAUGGCUUAGUUUGCGUAGAUGUGGACGAGUGCCUGGUGGCUAAUGGUGGAUGCCAUGUAAAUGCAGACUGCACAAAUGAUUUUGGUGGCAGAACUUGCACCUGUCAUCCUGGUUACCAGGGUGAUGGCCUUCAGUGUACUGAUGUGGACGAGUGUUUGGUUGCCAAUGGUGGCUGUGAUGCAAAUGCCGUGUGUAGCAAUACUGCAGGCAGCCGUGACUGCACAUGUGCAUCAGGAUUCACUGGGGAUGGCUUAGUUUGCACAGACGUGGACGAGUGCCUGGUGGCUAAUGGAGGAUGCCAUGCAAAUGCAGACUGCACAAAUGAUUUUGGUGGCAGAACUUGCACCUGUCAUCCUGGUUACCAGGGUGAUGGCCUUGCAUGUAUUGAUGUGGACGAGUGUUUGGUUGCCAAUGGUGGCUGUGAUGCAAAUGCCGUGUGUAGCAAUACUGCAGGCAGCCGUGACUGCACAUGUGCAUCAGGAUUCACUGGGGAUGGCUUAGUUUGCAUAGAUGUGGACGAGUGCCUGGUUGCUAAUGGAGGAUGCCAUGCUAAUGCUCAGUGCACAAAUACAGCUGGUAGUAGAACCUGCUCCUGCCUUGCUGGCUAUACUGGUGAUGGACUAGUCUGCCAACUCUCCCAGUGUCCUGUUGGCUUUGCUGGUGAAGGUCAAGACUGUGCUCCAGACUCUGACCUUGAUGGUUUCCCAGACAUUGAACUGAGCUGCUCAAGCAAACACUGCCGCAAGGAUAACUGUGUCAAUAGGCCUAAUUCCGGGCAAGAGGAUGCCGACGGUGAUGGGAUUGGCGAUGCUUGUGAUGAUGAUUCUGAUGGAGAUGGAAUCCUCGAUAAUUCGGAUAACUGCCCCCAUAUAGCCAACUCCGGGCAACUAGAUGGAGACUCCGAUGCACGUGGAGAUGCGUGUGAUAACUGCCUUGGAGUCUCCAAUCCCAGCCAGCACGAUACUGAUGGGGAUGGCACAGGCGACAAAUGCGACCCUGAUAUUGAUAAUGAUGGAUUGCCAAAUGGUGGUGACAACUGUCCCGAAGUUGCAAAUAGCAACCAAGCUGAUGGUGAUGGAGAUGGCCGUGGAGACUUGUGUGACAACUGCCCCCAGCAUAACAAUCCUGGUCAAGGAGAUGCAGAUGCAGAUCUACUAGGGGAUUCGUGCGACGACAAUGUAGACUUGGACAGGGAUGGUGUGGAGGACAGUGUGGACAACUGUCCAAUUGUGGCCAAUAGUGACCAGCAGGAUGUGGAUGGUGAUGGUAAAGGAAAUGCCUGUGAUCCGGACAGCGACAACGAUGGUGUUGAUGAUGUGACUGACAACUGCUUACUAAUUCCAAAUUCGGACCAGAAGGAUGCCAACGGGGAUGGCAUUGGCGACGCUUGCACACCUGACUUUGAUGGUGACAAGGCUGCAGAUCCGGAUGAUAACUGUAUUGCAAACCCAAAUGUGCAUGCCACAGAUUUCAGCCAACUCCAAAUGGUGGCAUUAGACCCAGAAACGGCAUCUAUUCCUCCAGUAUGGACUGUCUACGACAAUGGUGCAGAAAUUCAUCAGACGGUCAACUCGGAUCCAGGCAUAGCAGUGGGUCACCAUAGUCUUGAGAAUGUCGACUUUGAAGGAACCUUCUUCAUUGAAGACACCAGUGAUGAUGACUAUGUUGGUUUUAUAUUCAGUUACCAGAGCAAUGCAAAGUUCUACGUUGUGAUGUGGAAGAAGGCACCACAAGACUGGACUGGCCGUGCAGAUCGAGGGGUUGCUCUAAAGCUGGUCGACUCUGCUACAGGCCCUAGCACGGCACUUAGAAAUGCCUUGUGGGUCACUGGAUCGACAGCAAGCCAGGCAGCCUUGCUCUGGCAUGAUGCCAGCAUUGGGUGGACCCCUAAUGUGGCCUACCGCUGGCAGCUUCACCAUCGACCUGAUAUUGGUGCCAUGAGGUUCUACUUGUACCAGGCUAACAACCUAGUCAUUGACUCUGGAAACGUAUAUGACGACACCCUAAAAGGAGGCAGACUAGGUCUCUUCUGCUUCUCCCAGCAGCAAAUUAUAUGGUCCAAUAUGAAGUACUCUUGUCCAGAUGAUGUACCCCAAGACAUGUUUAAUGACCUGCCCGCUCACCUACAGACGCAAGUCCUGACAUAAGGACUUGCUUAGAGCACAGACUAGGGUCUUGCACUCGACACGAUGCAUCUUGAAGAAUAGGUUUUGUUACUGUAGAGACUCUAGUCUAUAAAUAUUUUAUUAAAUAAUUUUAAAUAAAA